AUGGUCGGAAAUACCUACCCGUACACUGUCAGGGAAUGGCUAGAAGAUAUCAAGUUGGCUCAUCAACAUGGAAUUGAUGCGUUCGCCUUGAAUAUCGGACGAGACGAAUGGCAGGAAGCAAGGGUGUCAGACGCGUACAUUGCCGCGGCAACGUCUGCAACUGACUUCAAGCUCUUCAUCUCGCUUGAUAUGACGUCUCUCGGAGGGUUGAGAGCCACUGAUGCAGCAAUGAUACGCAAGUACCUGAACGCUUACGCGGAACACCCAAAUCAGCUCCGCGUUCGCGGCAAACCGCUAGUCUCUACAUUUGCUGGGGAACAAUGCACCUUCGAUCAGCCUAGCAUGGAUGCGGGGUGGAACUUUGCGAUCCGAACAGAAGUCUCUGCGGACUACCUCUUCGUCCCCGCGUUCUUUGUCGACCCACGAACUCUGCCUUCGUGCUCGGUUAUUGACGGGAUAUUUGGUUGGAAUGGCGGGUGGCCGAUGGGAAACCAUGACGUUGAUUUUGACGGCGACCGUAAACAUAUCAAGCACGUCAAGGGAAGGGCCUACAUGGCUGCGGUCUCGCCUUGGUUCUUCACGCACUACGGCCCAGACACAUAUAACAAGAAUUGGAUCUAUCGCCCCGAUAACUGGCUCUAUAAUGCUCGGUGGGAACAAUUGAACGCGCACCGGGAUGAGAUAGACAUAGUCCAGAUCAUCAGCUGGAAUGAUUAUGGAGAGAGUCACUAUGUAGGGCCGAUAAAAGGUGCACAGCCAAAUGCGCGUGCGUGGGUGGACGGUUUUCCCCACUUAGGAUGGUUAAACAUGUCGUCGUAUUAUAUUCACGCUUUCAAAACCGGCCACUGGCCGAUAGUCACGGCCGAUCACGUCUUCAUCUGGAGUCGGCCACAUCCCGCCCGCGCGUCAGCAUCCGAGGAUGCCGUGCCUAGGCCGGACAACUGGCGAUGGACAUCUGAUCACCUUUGGGCGGUCGUCUUUGCCCGUGCGCCCUCUCGGAUCGAGGUACAGUCCGGAAAUAACGAGGAGACCUUCCUCGUUCAGACUGGUGUCACCAAACUAAAGCUCGCCAAUGCUCCGGGGCAUGUUCGAGCCCGCAUGUUCAGGAAUGACGAACUAGUCCUGGACGUGGACCCAGGCGACGCCUUCAUCUUCACGUCGACGCCGAGGGUGCAUAAUUUUAACGCCUUCGUCGCUUGGGCAUAACGUAUCUCCAGGCGCUCGCAUUUCGCCUCCUUUGUUCCAUGGAAAAGAAUAAGUACUUAUCGC